CUCUCAGCAGCCGGCCGCCAUGUUGUUCUAAUUUUACGCUCCGAGGCGGGUGAUCGGUGCUGGGGCGAGAGGAGCUCCCGGCGUCGGGAGGAAGGCAGGAAGGUUGCGGGCUUUUCGCACCGCGACCUGGCGAGAUCCGACGCCAUGGCAGCCGCCUUGGGAGGAGCAGGAGCAGAGGAUGACUUUGAUUGUCAUAAACCUGGUGCAGAAAGGUCUUGGAGAAGGAGAACUGCAGAUGAUGAUUGGGAUAGUGAAUUGGAUGAUGACUUACUAGGAGAAGAUUUGUUGACUGGCAAAAAGACUCAGUCUGAUAUGUCAGAUGAAGAACUGAAUGAUGAUCUCCUGCAAAGUGAUAAUGAAGAGGAUCAGCAUUACAGUUCUCAAGGUGUCACUGUGAGUCUUAAUGCUGCACCUAGCGUGGUGACAUCCUUUGAGCUCACUGAGAAUGCUAAUGACACAUCUAUUGAACAAGACUUAGAGUAUGAACAAGGGGAAGAUGAAAUUGGUUAUGACAAAUUAGAUGUUCCUGAAGAGUAUGCAGAGGAAUAUUCAGAAGAACAGUAUGAAGGCCAAGAGGCUGAGUUGACAGAAGACCAAAUAGAAUAUGGGGAAGAUCAGGGUGAAGAAGAGAAUUAUAAUGAUGAAGUGCUGGAUCUUGAAAUCAAUGAACCUCUAGAUGAAUUCCCGGAUGAAGAUUAUGUACAAUCUUAUAGUGAAGAACAAGUAAUUGAACAACAAGAAUAUGUAGCUGAAGAAGAGUUAGAAGAGGUUGCUGAUACCCAGUCACCUCCAAAUGAGUCAGAAGAGGUAAUUAUUGAAAAUCUGGAGUUUCAACAAGAGCCCAAAGAAGAAUCAGAUGAAGAGGAGGAAGAUAAUGAAGAGUCUGGUCGGUUACGGUUCAAAACUGAACGGAAAGAAGGAACAAUUAUUAGGCUAUCGGAUAUAACAAGGGAGCGAAGAAACAUUCCAGAAACUUUGGAACUUUCUGCAGAAGCCAAAGCAGCAUUAUUUGAAUUUGAAGAACGGGAAAGACAGCUAAAACAAGGGCGGUACGGGUCCCGAAGAGGAGGAAGACGAGGAGGGUUAUUGAUGUAUCAUGGGCUUGGAGAACAAAGAAGAGACAUCAAUGAAAGAGGAAGAAUGAAGGAUCACCGGUCUGCUUUACUGCCAACUCAGACGACACAUUCAGACAGGAUAUUUCAUCAUCCCAUUCGAAAUCUUUUCCAGCAGCAGCAACAAUCACAGCAACAGCUACAGGGUCUGCUCCCUCUCCCCACUCCGCUUCGCACACCACCCCCUCCCCCUCCAGGAAUUCAUAUGCCAUCCCAAGUAGACGGCCCAAGAAUGCUGAUGACUUCUCCUUCAGUGGCAUCCCAACAGCCAAAAAACAUACACAUAAAUCCACACUUCAAAGGAACUGUAGUAACCCCUGUUCAAGUGCCCUUGCUGCCAGUCCCAACCCAGCCAAGACCUGCUGUAGGACCCCAGAGAUUUCCUGGCCCUCCAGACUUUCAACAAAACGCUCCUGGACCUGUUCCUAGCAAUUUCAACCAAGCCCCACGACUUUCUCUCCAAGAUCAGUGGCGAGGACCUCCACCCCCACUUCCUCCCCCACCUCCACAAGAGAGAGAACCUUUCUUUAUGGGAGAGCCAAGAUUUCCUGGUCAUCACUUGUUUGAACAGCGGAGCCCACCGCCUCCGCCACCCCCACUUCUUAACAGCACGCACUCUGUGCCUAGCCAAAAUCAGCUCCCAUUCAGUCCGUCUGGACCUGGUUUCAGCCAGCAGGGGCAGCAACCCCUGUUUCCAAGAGAAAGGCUGGUAAGACCAAGUCUGCAGCCUCAGGGCCCCGUGGGAAUCCUUCACUUCAGCCAGCCUGGAGCAGCCAACGCACGACCUUUUCUUCCCCCACGGCAGUCCUUCCUGCAGCUCCCAGGACAGCCUUUCCUAACCCCCCUCACCCAAGCUGGCAUGCAGGGCCCUUUGCACCCUCCUUUGCAGCCACAGCCACCACCACAGCUUCCACAGCCGUCCCAACCAUCCCAGCCUCACCACCAGCCGCACCAGUCUAACCAGCAGCAGCAGCACCUGCUGCCUGUGCCUCCCCAGCCUCUGAUUCCGGUGGCCCCAUCCCAGUUCAGGCCACGCCUACAGACUUCACAGCCAAGCAGUAACCGGAUGCCAUACCAGCAACGGCAAAGUCUGGUAAAGGCCAGGCAUAACACACCAACACAAAGCAUUGUAAAACGUCCAAACCAGCAGGCCCAGUCAUCUGCCUCAAGGAAUAGUAAUUUGCGUGAAUUGCCAAUAGCACCUUUGCAUGCGAUUGAGACUGCUAACAACAACCGAAGAACUUCAGCUCCUUCUGUUCAAACGAAGCCGGUUUCUAGCACUACAGUUGCUAUGAAACCUGUUGCAGGUGUCAAGAACCAACCGGGAAAGUUGGAGUCCAAGCCUAAAACAGCUACUCCCGCGACUCAGCCUAAGGUGGAGGUCAAAUCUGAACCAGAGUUUCCCGAUGAAGAUGAAGAAACCAGACAGUACCGUUUGAAGAUUGAGGAACAGAAACGCCUCAGAGAAGAGAUCUUGAAACAAAAAGAGCUCAGGCGGCAGCUUCAAGCUGGGGCCCGAAAAAGAGAAUUGCUGGAAAGGUUGGCACAGCAGCAGCAGCAACCACAAGUCUCUGCAGGCCAACAGGAGGAGGAAGACCUUUCACAGCUGCCUACCAAUGGAAACCCAUCGCUUUGUCUUCCUGGUGCACAAUCCCGCCAAAAUGUGAAAUAUAGACUAAUGGUUAAAAAACAAGAGCCGGUCAUUCCAAGUUCCCCGACUGUUCUACCUAAGCCUGCAAAUGUUCUCCAGGCUGGAGACGGCGCACAAUUUCAAGGACAGCAAAUAAAAACCAUAAAGCAACUACGGCAGGCUAGGACAGUGCCUGAAAAUGAGCUCCAGCCAUCCUAUAAACCUUUGCAAGUGAAGUCUCCUGCUGCUGCGCAGGUGAACCUGCCCCAGAUUAGUCGGGUGGCGUUGGUGCAAAGCCAGCCUCAGGAGGUGAAGCCUGGGAUGAAAAGAACUGUCAUGCAACGGGCAAACAGUGGGAGUGGCGAUGGGCCCCAUAUCGGCACCAAAGUCAGGGUGAUAAAAUUAUCAGGAGGGGGUGGUGAGAACGUUGGCUUUUCUAAUUUGGAAGAAUCUGCUAACCGGCUUCCGCAGCCAUCGGAGCAAAGACAUCAGCCAAUACGGAAGGUCACUCUGACAAAGGGGACAGUGCAGCAACCACAUCUGCCUCAUCAGCAUCUUCUGUCACAGAUUCAUUCUACGUUUCCUCAAGGACUCAAAAAUAUCCCAGGGAUACAUCAAGUGAAAAAGGGUAUUCUGCAUGGGAGAGGCAGGGGGAUCGUGAGCCAGAUGGGCCGAGGCCGCUUAAUGACAAGUAAGCCGAAUCUGCGGGUGGUGGAGUGCAAACCUCAGCCCUGUGUGGUGUCAGUGGAAGGGCUUUCUUCAUCCACCACGGACAUUCAGCUGAAGAACCUGCUCAUGUCAGUAGGACCCAUCCAGAGUUUACAGAUGUUGCCUCAACAACGGAAGGCCAUUGCAAAAUUUAAAGAGCCCGCUGAUGCUUUAAAAUUUCAGCAGAAGUUUCAUAGGCACAUGAUAGAUCUUUCCCAUAUCAACGUGGCACUGAUAGUGGAGUGACCACUGGGCAUAAGUUGUCUUAAAAUACAGGAGGUUAUGGAGGAAGUCAGAAGGAUAGAAUCUCCCUGUAAUUUCUGGUGCCAGCUUUGCAGACUCCUUCUGAAACUUCAAAAUUACUCUGACAGCUGCUGUCAACAACAACAACAACCUUGCUACAAAUGGAAGUUGGAUUACAAGAAUGAAAACAUACAUAUAUGGAACAUACAGAACUACAGAUCUCAUAUGUGAAUAGUAUACACGGAUAUUUUUAGGCGAUAUGCUAUGUGAUCACAAUGUCUUGGAUCAAAAGAACUUUGACUCUUGAAAAUAAUUUUUGUAAUGUUUUCUUCUUAGAAAAGAAUAUUUGAUAAUGGUUGCCCUUAUCUUCAGUGUGGGAUGUUGAAAUCAGAAUGCACCCAUAAUCUACUGUUUGUAGCUAAGCAUACAGAUGCCUAUAAUACAGAAUAAACAUUGAGCCAUAUAAUUUAAUGGGUUUUUUUUUGUUUUUUUGUUUUUUUUUUCCAAGAGGCUUUGAAGCUCGUUCUUGAAAGAUUUUAUUCCUAGUAUAGUAAAAGUAAUAGUUGCACAUAAAGUAUACCUCUUAGUAUUCCUAACAUUUCUUACUAACCCUAUUUUGGACAAAUUGUCUCCUAGUUGAUGUCCUUACCUAAGAAGGAUGCUCGCAUUCAGGUUCCAAAAUCUUGGAGCAACCUGUCUUUCAGCCUUCUCUCGUGCUUCUUAGAGGGCUUGUAUGGCCAGGAAAUAACUGGGGUUUGCUAGUAUGAGAAAGUUACAUAUUCAGGAAGAGGAGAUUCAUUUUGCUUAGGCUUUUGGGGAAGUGAGUUACUGGUAUUGAGCUUCUUAUUUUAAUUAUUUUUUCUUUCUGUGUAAUAAUUGGCAGUAAUGCUUGAUAACAGUAGAGUCUGCCAAAUCAUACUCUAGUGCUAUUCCCACACCACCUGGUGAAUUAUGAAGAUAUUUCCAUUCUCAGAUUUUAUUUUACACUAAAUAAACUUUCCUUCAAAAAAAAAGACACGACACCAUUCCCUGCUUCCUUUGAUUUGUGAGAAUUCCCUUUACUGGAAAUCUUAGAAAUCUAUUCAAUUUCUAUACAUUUCAGGCCAAUAAACAUAGAGCAAAUAAAGAUUAUAAGUUACAUUGAGCAUAUAGAAAAAUAGUUAAGGGAUGUUCUUUCAGGACUGCAGGUUAUGUGACAUUCGGAAGUAGUGAUAUUUCUUUUCUAACUAUUCAGAAACAGAUUCUGAAAAACAAGAAGGCUUUUAAAACUGUGUUCCUGGUUAAGAACAUGUGGGAAUCAACAAUAAAGAUAUGCAAAUAUAUCACGUCUUUUAAAGACAAAGCUGAUUUUUUCCCCCCUACUGGUAAUAAUUACAGCUUAUAGCAUUUUGGUAUAGUAUAGGGUAUGAAGAUACGUUAGACAUUUUAAUGAUAGUUAGUAAAAACCAUCUUCAUCUUUGCGAAGUAUAGCUUGAAUUUGACUAUACCAGAGAGGUCUUUAUUAUUUACAGCUCUUAAUUUGAGUUUGUUAAAAAAAACAAAACAACCUGGGAUUUUAGUUGAUGGUGCAAUUUAGGCUAGUUUCUCUGUGCUUAGAAUUGUGUUAAAAACACAACAAUCCCUCAGAGUUGGGAGAGAGAGAGAGAGAGAGUAUUAUAUCUUUGUCCAUCCCAGAAUAUGAUAUCGUCUUUCCACAAAACUAAGUUUUUAGGAUUUAAUAUUUAAAGUGGUGUUUUUUUAAAAAUAUCUUCACCGCAUGGUUCAGGUACAGCUUAAAUGCAAUAAUGCCUGCCAAAGGGGGAAUUUUAUAAUGCCCAAACUCUACAUCACAUUUGAGGUCUGAGGAAACUUUCAUUUCUUAUGUCAAUAAAUCUUUGAUUAGGCUGGAUGACCUUUUCAACAGUUUAGGGUAUUUUAAGGACAGUGUUUAAUUAAUGCUUUUAAGGCUUACCGCUUGAGGAAUCUUCCGUGGUGUAGCAUUUAAAAUAAUGGUGUGGACUUUUGUAUGCUUUGUCUGAGGCCCAUCUCAUACACAUGAUGGCAGGUGUCUUGUGGGUGUAUAAUACGCUCACCAUCUUGGUAGAGGGGAUUCUCUGGGAAAAGGGGAAGAAGAAGAAGUGAUUUUUUUUUUCUCUAUCUUCGUAGUAAGCAGAAGGAAAACUGUCCUAUCAUUGAUGGGCAUCAAAUCUCUCACUUGAAUUGUCUAUAGAUACUACAAUACCUCAACUGAUUAAUACUAAAUUAGAGCUGAGUUUGACAUGAUCACAGUAACAUUGGUCCCUAAUUUUGAGAUGCCUUCCACAAAAGCUAAUCACCGUAAAAAUAGGAGAGCCUGUUCUUUCCACAAUGCUUCCUGAACUAUCCCCACAUCUUUGGUAGAAGAUCUGUUGCAACCAUUAUCUUGUUCUUUCUUUAUCAUGUGUUAUUUUAAAGAUGCAAAAUGCAGUCACGGCAUUUAAUAUAUUGUGUAAAUACGAGACUUUAAAACAAAUUUAAAUGAAGCUGUUCACAUAUUACUAAUUUAGUUACACAAAAGCUUAUUUGGUGGGAAGGGGAGGAAUGCAGUUGUGUUGUUUUAUCAGAGUUGAAUGGAAAUGGUUCCAUGUUGCUGUUAUUAUUGCUAUUAUUAUUUGUGUAACUCUUCCGUUUUUAUAAAGAUGCCAGUUAAGUCAA